CCAACUCAGUCUUGAAACCGUCCUUCAGCAUUGCAGAACUUUGUUUUUUUUUUUGGCUUUUAUCAUCAACGUUCAGACAGGAAACUUGUUGAUUCUUCUUGCGAAGAAAGAGAAUGGCGAAAGAUAGGAAGAUUGGGGUGGCUAUGGACUUCUCACCGAGCAGCAAGAGCGCUCUACAAUGGGCUGUAGAUAACUUGGCUGACAAGGGAGACACCCUUUACAUCAUCCACAUCAACCCCAAAUCUCUCGACGAGUCUCACAACGCUCUCUGGGCUAAAUCCGGUUCUCCUCUUAUUCCUUUGACAGAGUUUAGAGAGCCAGAGAUUAUGAAGAAGUACGAUGUUAAAACUGAUAUUGAAAUUCUUGACAUGCUUGACACUGCUUCAAGACAAAAAGAGAUACACAUUGUAACGAAACUGUUCUGGGGAGGAGAUUCUAGGGAAAAAAUUCUUGAUGCUGUUGAGGAUCUGAAACUUGACUCUUUGGUCAUGGGAAACAGAGGACUUGGAACCGUUCAAAGGAUCAUCUUGGGGAGUGUGAGCAACUACGUUAUGACACAUGCUCCUUGCCCUGUUACCAUCGUUAAGGAAUCAAGCUCCAAGAAGCACUGAUAAGUUCAUAUAUUUCGUCUUUCAUUUACGAAAAAUAAUCUGAUGAACGGCUGUUCCUUCCGAGUGUAUGCUUUGAAUCGGCUCGAUGUGCUGUUCCUAUCUGGUUGAUCAUGUUUUCUAGUAGCUUAAGGAGUUAAAGGUUGUGUUACCAAAUUCUUGAAUGUGGUACUUUGUCGGUUAAUCUAUUCCUUUGGUAUUGAUUUUGUGUUCCUACAAAUGAAAUCAUAGCCCUUCAUGGUGCUGAAAAACUUCUCAAGGCAUGGAAUUUAAUAAUAAAAGGUUUUGUCUUUGCCCA